AUGGCAACGACGUUUGUCGCGUCCGUCUCUGCGAUGGCCACCACCGCUGCCGCUCCAGCGUCUGUGGCGCCGUCCCCUGCGCCAAAGGCCAACAACAGCAGGAAGACGGUGGUGCCUGGGAUGACUGGGUACGAGCUGCUCAAGCGCGUCAAGAAGUCGGCGGCGCUCAUGGACAUCCUCGUCAUCAUCAUCUCGUCGAAGAACGUGCCCACCCGCAUCAGCCGCUGCCUGGAGGAGUUCGACCAACGUCUCGCCGGUCGAUGGCGUGGAUCGAAACCGCCCGGGCGCCUUGGUGUCAUCCAACCAACGCCGAGCUCCAUCUGCAACAAAUUCGAGUGGCCACGCCUCCUCUCUCGGUCAGCAGACCCGGUCGUGCAGAUCGCCAGGAACUGUGCCCCCAUCGGUGAGCAGUCACCGACUUCAUCUCCAACGACUCCGGCGAAGACAGGCGGCUCCAGAGCGCGCGUCACGGAGAUCUCCAUCAUCACCGUGUCCAGCAGCGGGGUCCCAUGCCUCACGUUUGGGACAUGGAAUGCAUCGUUCCUCUUGGAGGUGCCACUCGGCGUCACUGUCUCGCUCUUCGAUGAGGGCCACAGUGGGGGUCGCACCGUUGAUAGCGGUGUCGUGAUCGAGGAGCGCUUGAAUCUUGUCAUACACGCCCGCUAGGGCGAACCUGAAUCCCGUCGUGUUUGAAGGGUACCAGGUGUGUGGUGUCCCUGGUGGUAGCUGAUGACCACCACCGAGACGGUUGUCCCCUUCUCCUCUGUCUGACCGCCUCCACGUCUGCUUCUAUAAAAUUUUAGAUGCAAGGACAUCCGCUUCAAUGGGUUCUGCUGCAUAUGCUCCUAAGAGAGAUGCAAUGGUCUAGAAAGUAAAAUCAUUCCCUGGUGGCAAGGAAUACAUGUGCAGAGUAGAAUUUAGUCUUCCUAGCAUAACAGCGGAAGAAGGGCCCCAGAAAAGAAGGCACCAAUACGAGUGAAAUUUGAGAUACCAUAUUUCAUCGUAUCAGGUAUUUAGGUCUGUUAUCUGAAGAUAAUUGGAAAGAGUGGUUACCAGGCACUCCCCUGGGUUAGAUAUAUCACGAUGGCUGGCGAAUAUGAGCUGAGACUUAUAUGAGUUUUCUCUUUUCUGGCUGAUGGAAGACAUUUAUGAAGCUGCAAGAUACAUAUUUGCUCGAGACAGCAACCGUAUGACAUUUGGAUGUUAGCCUGGACGUCUUCUGCUGACCAUACAAGGUUUCCCCCUGGGGGCUUGUUGUUCCUCUUGUUAGGCUCACCUUACCUUGGUUAUUGUAUGUUACCCAUCAAGUAUAGUUUUUGAAAAAAGAGAGGAUAAUUUUAAUUUUCAUCUCUCUUGUAUUAUUAUGGAUUUAUUUUUGUGGGUACCAAACUUGGAUUUGUUUCGUCUGAUUGAGUUCACAAAAACACUGUCAUUACUGGGUGAUAGUUCUGAACUGCAGGUUGAAACAAUUGUGCCCUUUAGUGUAAAUGUCGUCGUCUUGUGUCCAUGCAAAAGAAAGGAAACCUACCAAGA